AUGUCUCCUGACUGCGAUUUUAGUUUUACCGGUGGACUCAUUAAUCGAUCUUGUUCCAACUUUUUUCUUUCGCUGCUAGUGAAACGCAACAAACAGAAAGAUGGGUACAAAAUUAACAAUAUGCAACGGUGUCCUUACAUUCAUGAGAUGAAAGAGCGUCUUUUAGGGGAACAAAUCGCCAUGGAACCGCUAAGCAAACCUAUACCAACCCCUCCGCCACUUAAUCUAGAACAACAUCAGCAGACUGUAGGGACUGUAGUUAAGUUAAAUCCUGAUGGAUAUGGUUCCCACACAUCCCCAACUCAUAACAGAACUGAUAGAAUCCCACUGAUGCCUCGGGAACCAAGUGAAGAGUACCACGUUGUAGAUAGAAGGGUUUUUCCUAAAAACGCCAAGACUUCUCUGUUCAUAAUAACCAGCUUUAUAUACGCCAAACUCUUGAUAGUAGUGUGCGUAGCGUACGUUAUAUCAGAUGUAGUGACCCAUAGUAUCCCCUUGUAUUACUACGAAGGGUUUUUCACCUACCUAUAUGGCAUGAGCAUCCUUUUCUUGCUGUACGUUUUCUGCUUUCUUUUGCAAGAAAGUACAUGCUGUAGCGGCGACAAAAAGGAAAAGGCCAUAAAGAAAGCCGCUAAAGAGAAAGCUAAAGAAAAAGAGAAAGAAAAAAAACUAGAAGAAAAAAGAAAGGAGAAAGAGGAAAAAGAAAAGAAGAAGAAAAAGGAAAAGGAGGAUAAAAAGAAAGAUAAGGAUAAGGAUAAAGAUAAGAAGAAGGAUAAGAAACAGGAAAAGAGAGAAGUGUUUCCUCGUAAGAAACGGGACUUGGUCUACCAGAGGGCCCAAUCCCCCAAUAGCCAGAGCACGUAUCGUCGCAACUCUGAAGGGGUUGUAGAUGCGGGACUGUCCGCAGUGCCGGUCCCUGUGGCCGAGAUCGGUGCACUUCAGUCUGACCCCCCUAUUCUCCGGCAGGAAAGCAACCAGCAGCAGGUACCCUGCCCGCCACCCAAUUCCGCCCAGCAGGUACCCUGCCCGCCACCCAAUUCCGCCGUCACUGAUGUCGAAGCUGGAACGGUGAACAAAGCUUUGCGGAAACGGAAAACCACCCAAAACGACCAGAGCCACGGAAGCUUCUUUCUUCGUAUCGGAGCCAUAGCGUUUGGGCUUGGUACCAUGAUAUACAAUGGUUUGGAAUUUGGAGCGUUUUUCGAAAUACCGUUCACGUCACCUUGCUAUAUGAUCCUUCGUGGCGUAAAUCCUGUACUUCAAAUGAUUUUCACUUUCAUGCAAAUGUACUUCAUAUUUAUGAAUUCUCGAUUAAAUAUUCAUCGGUUCAAAGUGAUAGCCCGAUUUGGUCUGAUGCAUAUUGUAGCGACGAAUAUAUGCGUUUGGAUUAGGACGCUGGUUUUGGAAUAUCUAAAAGAAAUUACCCAGUAUCAUAAACGUUUUAUUAAUGAAACUACCGACGAUGGACUUCUGGCAGAGAGUAUACGAAUUCAUACUCUCCGAAAUGCCAACACGAUUUUGGGCACGCACAAAGCUGUGCCCGACCACUUGUUAAUCGCAGCCUCCACCGUGAAACCUGCACAACCAAUUACAUCGACAUUAGGCACGACAUUAGAAAAUAUCGCUUCCACGACAACCAGAGCUGUUAAAAAUUUACACAGUUUUACUUUUCCCUCAACAACUCCAUCAACUACCCUUCGACGUCUUAUGAGAUCGACUACUACCACCACCACUACAACAACUCCAACUCCUCCACCGUUAUGGAGGACUUUUAGGACAAUACCCAUGAUGCCAACAACCUCGUCAUCGACAACAGUUUCGCCUUUCAAUCACACAACUUCCAUGACAACGCCCAACAGAAUGUGGAAGAGACUUUAUACAACUGCGUCAACUUCGACCACGAAGCACUUUAAGAAUUUUUUCGAUUUUCGAAGUCCCAGUAAUUUUCGUGAGAAUGUAGUCAAUGUAGCUGACGAUAAUCCACCAGUUCUUAAUGGUACAAACUUUCUCGACGAAAUGUUUCCUCAAGCUUGGAUCAGUAGCUGGAACACGAAUUCAUCCAAUGUCACUGCUUUAAACGCUAAUCCACUCAAUUGUGGUAGAAUUAAUAUAAUGGGUAGCAUCGUACAAGAUUCAGCGCCAUAUCUAUUUCCAUUCAUUAUUGAAUAUUCGUUAAUUGGUGCUGCUGUAAUUUACGUGAUGUGGAAGCACAUUGGAAGAAAUCCUAGAUAUGUGACGGAAGAAGAUCUGGAACACCGUUUGGAAAUCAUGUUGUCUCGAAGGGCCGUUGCAAUGGCCCAUGCCCAACAUGGACGAGUAGAUUGUGUUGGUGCUUCCAAAGGUUUAUUCUUUGGACUACUCAUGUUAGUCGGUUCCCUGAUAUGCCUGAUUCUAUUCUUUGUCCUUAUACAUCAUCCCGAUUUAGGAUUAUUAGCGAUUUACUUAGCUGACGUGUCUCACUGUGUACUUAUGGUGCUUAGUAUUUUUGCGAUUAUCAUCGGAUUUGUAAGAACGCGCUACAUGUCUUCGGACCUGAAUUGUAGGGUCCAAACGCUCAAGUUUAGGGUCGACGAGCAGAACGACCUCAACGAUAUAUUGCUUCGAGUCUCUGCAUUUGGAUUAUUCACUUACGCUGUAUUCAGCAUUAUAGCAGGGUCCCUUAAUGCAUUCACCAACGAACCGAACUUACUAGUCAUGCUCACUGGAUUCUUGUCAGUACUACAGGUCGUUCUUCAACUGCUGUUUAUAGCAGACGUUUCGAGACGUCGCGUACAUCUUCCGGAACACGAUCGUUCAAAGCCAGGCAGACAAAUUGUAACAUUUUUACUUAUUUGCAACGUAACCAUGUGGAUAAUAUACACGUUCGAAUCCCAAAAAGUCGAGGCGAACCCGAUUCAAUUGGAAUUUUAUGGUUUUCUCGCAUGGGCAAUUAUACAACGUAUCACGUUGCCGUUGUGCAUCUUUCACAGAUUCCACUCGGCCGUGACACUAGCUGAAAUUUGGAAGACUAGCUACAAAGCUCGCUUGGAUUAAAUCGAUUGAAAAAAAGAUGAUACAUAUUUUUGCAUUUAUAUUGAAGUACAUAUUAAUAAUUUAGUCAUGAAUUUGUUGUUGUGAACCGGUACGGCAUAAAACUCAAAGAUUGCUCAUUGCGUUUUCAAUGUAACUAUUAUAUUAAUAGUACUUUGUGUAUAUAAUUUAUAUAUUUAUCGUCUCGUUCCUUAAUCCGUUAUUAUUUAUUGAAUUUAAACUAAGAGACGCACACAUAAGAUUAGAAAAACCAAAGCUAGGGAAAAGAGAAGAACAUGUAUAUUGUUAACAAUAAUUCAUUAUUAUAACAAUUAACUAUUAUAACCAUCCCAACGUAGGCAGUCCUCAUAAUAUCAUAAUUAUAUUUCUAAUACCUAAUAUAAGUAAAUAUCUAAAGUACGUAUGUGCCAUGCCAAAAACAAAUCCACCAAUCGUUGUGGAAAACGACAAUUUUUUGGUAUCACACAUUGUAACUCGAACAAUUUUACAAUACAUAUAUAUUACAUACGAUGUUUAGCUGUUAGAGAGAUUCUUGUUAUAAACUGUUGUAAGAUAAAUUUAAUAGAUUUAUAACUGUUUCGAACACAGAUAACGUCAUAAAAUGUUCUACUAAAUUUCAUGGUCAUUACAUUUAUGAUAUGUACAUAUACAGAAAUUAAUUUUUCACAACAUUCAUUAAUCUCUCUAUAAUUUGGAUUACCUUUAUGUAAGCAUAUUUUUAACCGGUACAGUUUUGUCUGAAAUUAGUUCGGUCGCUUUUAGUCGAUACUGGAGGAAACAAUCUAAAAUUUAGUACAAUAACGAUUAAUCAGCUUAUUAUGCUGUAAAUAUAGUAGACACAUAUCCAUUUUGUGGAAAAAUGUACCGCCAUCUAAACAAAAAUCAUCGUGAGAUAUCACUCGACUGUCAGUAUACAGGAACAAAAGAAAUAUAUUUUACGAUAACUAAUUCUACUCAACACGAAAUUUACUGUAAUUAAUUCAAACAUGAACACCAUCACUUCUAAUAGGUACCCAUUAUCUUAGUUAGGCUUCAUCAUACUCUUCAUUGCAUUGGCGUAGAUAAAUAGUGAGGACAGGUUCGUUCUAAAUUAAAAUUUAAUUUAUAAUUUGAGGUACCUAUCUAAUUUGUUAUUCAUUUGGAGAUAAAUUUUCUUGUGCAAUACGGAUUGCGAUAAGUAUUUUAACGACAAGAUAAUUUUUCAGCGUAAAUCAUUAAUUUUCUAAGAUAUUUUAGAUCUGUAGAUAUUAUACAAAACAUACUGCAAUUAGUACUUGUUACACUUAUACACAUAAAUGUUAUUUGCAUUUCUACUUUUAUACCUUAACAAUUAGUACAAGGAAAAAAUUCGUAAAAUAUUUUGAGAUGUACUGCAUGAAAUUUUUGUGGACCACUUAAGCUAUGACCACUAUAAGGAUACUUUCUACAGUACUUACAUACUUAUGCCUAAUUUUGAUAGAUGAUUAGUUGACGAUAUUUUAUUUUUUUUUUAUGCUGACAUAAUCUGAUUUUACCUUAUUAGUUUUUACGUAUCUAAUAGUCGAUGUACUGCUAUACUGCUUUAAAAGUACGGACUGACGAUAAAAAGUAAUUUCUCGACUAAAAAUAGAAAAUAGGAUAAAUUAAUAACUACUGUUAACAAGGAUAAUAUUCUUUUGAUAAGGUAAAAUUCGUGUAACUUAAUUUAUUUUAAUGGCUACAUGAAAUGUCUGUGUAAUACUGAGCCGCUCUUCGUGUAAUUUUUGUCUAAUAGGAUAUUAUAGUAUAUUAAUAUGUAAAAAAUAAAACGAAAGAUUGAAACGAAUGAAUGAAUUGAUGUUAGUUAACAAAUUUAAAGAACAAAUUACCAUUACCUAAAAGUGUGUAUAAUACUCAAAUUCUUUGUCAAAUA